CAACAUUUGUGUCCUAGUUACAGUCCAGUUAUAAUGGAAUGUCAACAGUAAUUGAGCGAGAAUUUUUUCUCCAGCAGGAAAUAUAGGACAGGUUUCCAGUUGGUGGUGAUCGAGCCUGCAUUUCUUUGAAGUGCACGCUUACAAUACGACUGGAGUUGCCAGGUGUACCGCAAUUAAACUGAAAGAGGAAACAAUUUUCCUGCAGUGAAUAAAGAGAAGUGGGUGUUUCCAGGGCUAGGAAGAGUUUAGAAGAACGUAAUGUACCUUUUUGCUGUUAUGCCCAUGAGACUUGACUGAAAAAUCGGCGGUUGAGUGUAAAAUCUUCCGAAUCUGUUCUGUGGUUUUAAGGAAAUUCGACAGGUAGUAUGGAAAUAGUAUAAAGGAUGAAAGCAGCUUACAGGUGUUCCUUGACGUUACUGGCAUUUUUGUGUAUCUUAAAAGUAUGUGAACUGUGCUCAUCUGUUCGAGCGAGUCGUGCUACAAAGUUUGUGGCGGAGGGCCGCAGUCUCCAGUUGAGCUGUGAAGUGCAACACUGUGGGAUUGCUGGCUGGGCUGGAGGAUGGGUUUUCCAGAAAUUGGAAACAGUAGGAUUUACUUCCCUCAUUCCAUCUGAACGAAUCAAGAUGUCCAGUACCAGCUCAACAGCCGAUAGCACACAACUAUUACUCCACAUUCACAACAUCAACCAGUCAGAUACUGGAGCGUACAAGUGCUUGAUAUCCUGGCCUCAGAAUUUCACUAGCAGUGGACAUGUGACAUAUGUUAAUGUGACUGCAGCAGCAGCAGACUCAUCAGGCAGAAGCCUCUCUCAUAGAGUCCUGCUUUGUUUUGCUGCCUUCAUAUGUUUUCCUGUUGUUUUGGGGUUUGUUUGGUGUCUCACCCGGGAUCAUCAUCCACCACCACCCCCUGUCCCGCCUCGCCCCUGCACGUCCUGUAAGAUUCCACUCCAUAUUCUGCAAAUAUGUCAUACAUUGGUGUAUGCAGAAGUUGCAGUGAACAGUUCAAGGCGGCAGAAUGAUCAUCCAAAACAAGCGUCUGAGCCAACUGUCUAUUCCUCUGUGCGUUUCUCCUGAACACAAAGACAUCUUGCAUUUCUAUCUCUCACAUAGCUGUGGGUUAUUUUCAAUACCAGAGAAAACAUGACUGUAAACAUAGUGGCAGGACAGUUGCAAAGUUAGACAACAAGAUUGAAAAGAUAUCAACUUGACUUUGAAAUGUGAAUGCUAGCAAUUUUACACUUUGGUUUAAUAUACAGUAGUUGUAAAGCCAUAUUAAAUGUUGUUGUUCUUCCAGAUAUGUCUGUAGAAUGUGCAUUUUGUAUAUAAAAUGUGUGGUUGUACCUAAAAAAAAAAAGACAUAUCUAAGGAAAUUGCAUUGGACUUAUAUUUCAAAAAGACAGGUAUUUGACACAAAAUACAUUUUAUUUUUUAUAAUAAAUUCUUAAUGGCACAUGCCAUAACCAAACCAAAUAUACAUAUACAUAAUCUUUUAAAUUAUUUUCAUUUGACUCUCUGUGUAUUUUUUUUGUUUACGUAACAUCAACGAUUUUUAAAAGCAAUAAAUUAUGUCAGUACAAACAUAUAUGCCAACACAUUUGUCACUAUUGUACAAGAAUGUUUAAUGCACUCUCUGCAGUUUAAUGCCCUCACUAAUGAGUAUGACUGAAAACUAACAACUGAAUCAUGAGGAAUGAGGAGAGACACAUAUGUAAAUAAAUAACACAUUUCAAAAGAAAAUCCUUCAAAAAAAAUUCUGCCAGCCAUAAUUGAAUAACAAAGCAUUUACAAAAAAGGACCUUUUUGUACAUCCACAAGUCUGAAAGUAAGAAAAACCAUGUUUAUGUGUCUGUGCUUUCUCAAGAGUGUUUUCUGAGCUCAAAAUGAAAUUUAGUGAAGUGUAUCAUUUCAUUUUUUAAAUUGUGCAAAUAUAUCCGUUUAAUAAAAUUAGUGUUGAACAAA